AUGAGUACUCCUUCGACAGCGGAGUUCUACUCCUCGAUAACCACCUUUCUGCAGUGUCUCAACUUGACCACGAAAUUUGAGGGUCAAGUCCCGAACGAGUUCCAGAUAAUAACCCAUGCAGAAGAGAAUGAUGGAGUUUUUAUUCGAUACACGUACAAUCCGUCCGAGAAAAAUGUGACGUAAGUGGGACGCGGGUGCAAAAUUUCAAUUUUAUGUGCUAGAAUUCAUCUAGUAAGUAGGCGACCCUACUUUUGUGCAGUUUUUUAGUUCGAGAGGGAGGUAUUUUGCUGCGUUUUUCAGACUUGCCGGAUGCAAAAUGGUACGUCUUGUGCCACCGGAUUAGGUUCGCCACUGUAUCUUUGCUUCGUUGGUAGAUUCGGAGCUGAAGUUCUGAGGGAUUAAAAUGUGACGCAUUCAGGGUGCGCGCGGUAAACUUGAGAAAGAUUUAUCAACAUCAAAUGUUACUUUCAGUGACGAGAAACUGGACUUGGUUGACAAACAGACAGGCUUGGAAAGUUACCGCUUUCACUUGGCGCUGGAAGAAGACAAGUUUCUCACCGGAGUUUCUGGAUCCAAUGAUUCAAGGUGGGGCUUUAUCUUUAAAAUAUUUUUUUGGGAAUUGGGACGAUUGGGGAAAAGUAUAAUACAAUUGGGGAAACCGAAAAGUAUUAUUUUUCUUCUAUGCAAAUGUCGAAGUUAGGAUAAUCGAGGGUGUUGAUUUCGAAAAUCAUGUUCACUUUUUCCGCACUUUACUAGUUUUCCUUAAGUAGUACUGUAAAGUAGUAAUUUUAAAAUUUUUUCAUAAAUACUCGAUUUUGGGUUUUUCGAGGGUGCUGAUUUCGAAAAUGACAUUCAUUUUUUUUUGAUUCUCACUUUUUUCCUUAAGUAGUACUGUAAAGUAGUAAUUUUUGAAAUUUUUUCAUAAAUAUUCGAUUUAGGGGUGUUCGAGGAUGCUGAUUUCAAAAGUCAUGUUUAUUUUUUCUGGUUCUUACUUUUUUCUUAAGUAGUUCUGUUAAGUAGUAAUUUUUUGAAAGGUUUUCCAAAAAUACUGGAUUUAGGGGUUUUCGAAGGUGCUGAUCUCCAGUACUAAAUAGUACUACCUGAUACUAUGUAGUACGAGGUGUAAAUUUGGCCUUUCGGCGUUAGUGGUGUUGUUCUGGACGUACUCCUAUUUUCACCUCGUAAAUACAUAGUAUCAGGCAGCUUUCACUUUUUCGGAGCAUUAUUUAGUACUAGAGGAAAAUUUAACAUAAUUUUCGUGACCAGCACCUUCGAAAACCCCUAAACCCAGUAUUUUUGGGGAAUUUUCAAAAAAUUACUACUUAACAGUACUAUUUAAGAAAAAAGUAACAACCAGAAAAAAUAAACAUGACUUUUGAAAUCAGCAUCCUCGAACACCCCUAAAUCGAAUAUUUAUGAAAAAAUUUUAAAAUUACUACUUUACAGUACUACUUAAGGAAAACUAGUAAAGUGCGGAAAAAGUGAACAUGAUUUUCGAAAUCAACACCCUCGAUUAUCCUAAUUUCGACAUUUGCAUAGAAGAAAAAUAAUACUUUUCGGUUUCCCCAAUCGUACUUUUCCCCAAUCGUCCUUUUCCCCAAUCGCCUUUUUCCCCAAUCGUCCAACUCCGAUUUUUUUAUAGGGAAUGCCUGGGGUCUGUUUCAUCAACGAAAAAUAAAUAAAAUAAACGAAAGAGAAAGCGAGAGAAUACCCAAAACACGUUUCGAAGCGAGAGAGUCGCGACGGAUUAGUAGAGACCCAUCUAUAGAGCGGCGCAUUUAUCAGAGCGAUCGGAGUGACUUUUUACGUCCAAAACGGGGGGUUCUCUACAGUAAUCAGUGGAUAACUCGGCUCUCGGUGGUCUUAGAGUCACAUUUCCAAAAACCAAAUAAAGUAUUUCCUAGAGCUACGUGAUAUCCAAAUUUCAUAUUUAUACUUUAAAAAAUGAACUCAGUAGACACCUAGUAGAUCGUGGUAUUCAACUUUUUUGACGUUUUUUUUUCUGAAAAACGUUAUUUUUUCAGUCAAUUUUUAACAUAAUGGGAUAAAAUUGGUACCAGUCGAUAGCCAAACGUUUACUCUACAAAACUUUUUUAGACGGCGGCUUACUUCAAAAAAUGAACUCAGUAGACACCUAGUAGAUCACAGUAUUUACGCUGUUUUUACGUUUUUUUCGGCAAAAACCUUUGUUUUUCACUCAGUCUUUAAUAUAAUGGGAUAAAAUUGGUACCAGUCGAUAGCCCAACGUCUAAUCUAUAAAAAUUUUUUAGAGGGGCGGCUUCUUUUGCCCUGUGGCCUGCGAAACGUCUAUCUUUACUGUCAUGAACCACCGUUUUUGACACAAAAAACCAUCGCGUUUCGAGGGCGCUUUUCCUCUCUUUUGGUUUUUUCGGAAACGACCGAAGGACUUUUUACGCAAAUAGAACACAUCGUCUCACUAAAUUGAACGUUUCGCAGGCCACAGGGCAAAGGAAGCCGCCCCUCUAAGAAAAUUUAAUAGAUUAGACGUUGGGCUGGUUUUUGAUAAGAAAACCAAAAAUGUUGAUUUUUUAGUACGCUGAAAAAAAACAUCAAAUUCAAAUUCAUCAAAAUAAAACAUCACGCAUUUAUGAUGUCGACGACAUCAAAAGCAGGAGAUUUUGAUGUUUUCAUCAAAAAAAUUUUUUUUGAUGUUUGGGUUUAUCAAAUUGCAAUUCGCAAAUUGAACUCCAAAAAGAAAGAUACGAGAAAUCGGUCGGAUUUCUCUUCAUAAAUUUUGCUAUUUUUUGUAAACGAUCGUGACUGUCAGGUGAGGUAAGCGAAUUUUGUUGUUGUUUUCUUUUAUGUUUAUCAGUAAAUGGAAGGUUAUGUAACUUCGUUUGCAAGGUUUUUGGAUUUAAAUUUUAUCGAAUUUCCUUCAAUUUCAUUCGUUCUGAAGUCAAGUGCAAUAGUAUUGCACUUGACUAGGGCUCGAGACUUCGCAGCCUGCGGCUGCUCACGUCUCUCGGGCAGCUAUGCGGAUAAAGGCAACUUUGCGCGCGAUUUGGACCUGUUCAACGUCGAAAACCAACGUAAAGUCGCCUAUGUGGAAAAAACGCUCGCCAAAGCUUUGCCGACGGCCUCCGGCCGCGGCAGAAAAACGCUACGCGUUAGACUGAGCCUAGUAGAAACUUGUGUCGUUCGGAACGCUAAGCCGACUUUGUUUUAGAUCGAGAAUUUACCCUAAUCGCUAAGCUCAGGUCAGUCCCAGAUCGCUCAGCCCGGUUAAAGCGCCCGCCGGCAUGAGGCGACGGCCUACGGCCGCCGCGAGACUAUGUUUUGUUACCUAAAAUAAUUUUCUUCCACCAGAAGUUGAUCAGAAAUACUUUCAGCAAAGAAAAAUCGACUAAAAAACUCGAAAAAUUAGACUCAGCACUCAAAAUUAUCUAAAACCAAUAUUUUUCCCAAAAUCCCCGUCAAAUUUGGCCCUAAAACGGCCAAAUCCCGAGAAUCCAGGACCAAAAAAAUAAUUUUACAAAAAUUCUCAAAAAAAAUCCAGAAAUUCCCGUCAUUACGCGUCACGAUGACAGUUUCCGUACCACCCUCCUCACACUCAGCACUCUCUCCGUCUUAUCUCUGACCGGAAUCGAAAGAGAAAACCUUUGUCUAACCACCCUCCACCCCUUUCCCACUCUCUCUUUUCUCCCGCCAAACGAAGAAGGAAGCGCACGGCAACCCGAAAUGUUUCCUGGCUCCUUUCGACACUUCGCCCAUUUUGUAUCGGUUGAAAUCAAACGAAAUGUCAUAAAAGAAUUUUUCGUGGGAUUUUCCGACCGAAAAAUAUUUUUCUCGGAAUUAUUUUAAUCCUUUUGUCAAUUUUGACACUUCGUUUGGACGAAACUCAAAAGUGGGCGGGAAACAUUUUUCUUCUAUUUCGGGUUGCUGUGAAGCGGUUCUCUGCCCGCUCUCUCUCUUCGCCGCGCUCUUUUUUUGUGUUUUCGCCCAUGGAAGUGGGCGUUUUUUCAAAACUGGCACUUGUUGCACUAAAAGUACCGGGAAAAAAGAUACGACUACAUCCAAAAUGACAUGGAGAUUCCGAAUAUGCAACCUUUAGACCGAUUGUAGUUAGAAAUUUUCAAGUUUUGACGGUUUUAAAAAUUUUAAAUUUUUUGGUGUCAAAACUCGCCGAAAGAUUCUGCCAUGGGGAUUACAUCGACAGGUGUAAUUCAACCGGCAUCGUCAACCCAGCAAAAUUCCCGAGGGGAUGUUAGAGCCGGAUUUUUGAAUUUCGACCUUGUUCCCGAAAUAAUUGCACUUUCGUACAAUAAAGUAAAAUCCAAAAAUUCUGAAAUUCGAAUACUGCCUUUUGACCUUGUCCGUAUUUUAGGAAUCGAUACCUGUUUCUAUAGCAGUUCAACGUGCUGAAUACGAUGGAGGUAUAUAAAAUCCGAAAAAAUUCCGUUUCAAGCCCUCAGGGCCGAAUUUUGGCCGAAAUUUCGAAAUUUUUUUUCGGCCGCACGGUGCGCACGGAAUAUUGCAGGUAGAAAGCUGAAACUUGGCACGAUGGUAGUUCAUUUUGUGUCCUAUAGCACCCAUAUGAUCAAUUUGUUCAAGUCCGCUAAUUGCCCUAAGGGCGAUUUUUUUCGCACGGUGCACCAAAAAUUGACCGAAAUUUCCGGCGGCUCUGACGGCCGUAAUUUUAAAGAUACGAGGAAGAUGUAAGCGGGUAAUUUGUAGAGCUCUUCGAGGUCUACAAUCUAUUAUGUAGAUUUUCUGAAACGAUGGCCAUGUAGAAUGUUCUGAAAAAAUUUAGGGACAAUCUUAGAGCAAAAAAACUAAGAUCAGCGAGCCGUUUUUUCGAAUUUCGACCUGGGAGCCAAGAACGAUUUUUUUGAAAUUUGCACUGUGCAAAUCGUAUUUUUUACAGUAAGCCAUAGCUAAAAUACGAAGUGCACCACAAAAAAAAGAGACACGACCUAAUAGGAAGUCGGGUACGUAGAAUUCAAAGGAAUCAAAAAAAUCCAGAAAAUCCGUCAUCAUGACGGGGUUUUCUGGAAGUGUAACUUUGUACAUGGUCGUAUCUACACAUACAUCGAGUUAUCUCUUAGUUAUGAAUUUGCUUUCCCGAUAUGGACCUGUAGAAGCUUGCAUUUCAAUAUUCCCCGGUCUAAUUAAAAGAUACGAAAAAAGGUCUUUUUUUGAGAUUUUUUUCGUAAAUUUUGAAAUUUCGAAAAAAUCUCGAAAGUGAUUGUCCCAUUAUGUACCAUACGCGACGAAACCAAAAAUCAAGUCGAUAGCUGUAAAACGGAGCGAGAUACAGAGACUCAAAGUUUCGACUUUUCAUGACGUCAUAGGCCACUCAAAAUUGAAAAUUUUGAAAAUUUUUUUCAAAUACUCAAAGACAGCAUCUAAAAGAACCCCCAUGCCAAAAAUCAAGUCAAUCGGAGCAAAACAAAAAACCAAGGACAAACCCUACGAAUAGAUAUAUUUUAGACUUCAGAGCGAAUCCCUUUCUGGGUGUGUUGUUUUUCCGCAAAAUGAAUAUGUCCCAUCACACAGCAACAUCAUCAAUUGGGUAAUGGAAGUUGGCACCUUCAAGACCUAUCCGCUUUACCACAAGGUCUGCCCGGACGGGAAGGAUUACCUUGACUUGCGCUCCGCCGAACUCGAAGAAGAAUUACAUCUAUAACUGUUUAGGGAAUACCCGUCGUGGCAUCUUAUCCGUGGUGAGCUCAUAAAAUAUUUUAAGAAUUUUCAAAUUUUGAUUGUGUAAAUCUAUAGGUGGAUGUCGACUUUUCCGUCAAAGACCUGCACCAUCAACCCGCGAUAAUCUCCAUCGUCCGCAUUAACAUGGAAGAGUUGGAAUGGUGUUUUCGGUAAGACGGCCUUUGAUGACGGUAAUGACGGUAAAAUUAACAUCGUGUAUUUGUAGGCCUGGGCCGUCCAGAAGCUUGAUGAUCAAUGGAAAACAGUAUACUUUCGAUAUUUCAGAAGUCGGGAUUCAUCAAACAUGUGAGUUAUUUAUAUUGUAGUAGUUUGAUCUUUAGGCCAUGCGAUGCGGACACCCGGUGGUAAUGGCGUGGUGAAUGACAUGUUCCACUCGACGCAACGACCCUGUCUUCCAAUCGUUGUCUGGGAUCAGAGCCAGAAACACCCGUUUCAUUGAGUUUAAAGGCUACAUGGUCAACGUCUUUGAAUAUUACAGCCAUUUAGCCGAAAUUAUGUUGUAGCUAACGGCUUAUUUGAAUAAAUGGUUUAACUAAUAUUAUUUGUAUCAUUUUUUGAUAAAUUAUCAGAAAUAUUUGAUUUUCCAAACAUCAAAAAUUUUUGAUGUGCGCCACAUCAAAAAAAAUAUCGCAUUUUUUCCUUUUUGAUGAAACGAAACAUCAAAAAAAAUUUUUUUUGAUGUUUUUAUCAAAAUCUAAUAGACUGAUGAAAAACAUCAAAAAUUUAUGAUGUUUUUUCUUUCAGUGUACUAUGUAGAUUUUUACACAAGAAAAGAGAACAGGGGGGCCAAUACAGAGAGCCGACCUCUGCACGCCUUUGAGGUGACUAGACAUGGCUACCGGCUGGGCCGGCCCGGAAUAGUUAAAAUCCAUAAUCUCGAAGCGAAAAUUGGGUUUGCUAAUGAAAAUAAACGCAAUGUCAAAACAUAAUUGGUUUUUUAAAGGUAUUUUUGUUUUUAGAUACCUACGGAACACAGUACUUAUCCAUUUACAUGACGAUAGAAAAAAAUUUGGUCAUAACGAGCUAGACUUGGGGAGACUUUUGGGGGCUUCGGUAGUUGAGCCCCCACGAAAGGUAGUUCAAACCCCCCACUGUUUUGCCCGUUUCACACCCCACAUAAUGAACAAAUUAGAAUAAUACAAAAAAUGUAAGUGGGGGUUUGAUUUACUACGUUGGGGAUUUGAUCUAACUAGGGAAGUGUACAAACGAACCCUCACCAAAUGGCAAGUGUUAUACACCAUUGGAAAGCCCUUGAAAAAUGAUGAAAGCUACCAUUUUCAUUUUUUGCAGAAUGCCUCAGGGCAAAAAAUUAUAAACGGUUGAUUUGUCCCUUAAGUAGCUACCAUAUCUGCUGUGGGGCAAAAUAAAUCUUAUUUCAAAACGCUAAAUGGUACAUAUUGCUACUAGGUUGGCCUAAGAAUCAUUAUGAAGUUUGGCGCUUGCCAGUAAAACCAUUUUACAUAUGAUAUUUACUGUUUUUAAAUACCCAUAACGUGAAAAAACACUUUUCACUUUUUUUAAUCUUGAAAAACAUGCAAGUUUGAUGAUUUUAACCUGGGUCAUGGGGGGGGGGGGGCUAAACUGGACUGGGGGGGGGGGGGCUGUACUACCUUAGACCCGACUUUUGUUUCAAUGGGCCGGCCCGGGCUAGGCCGAAGCAAAUUUGAAACGAGCCGUGCCGGCUGGCGUCGCGACACUUGCGGGCAACCACUUUGCGGGCAACCAGUGUGCGGGCAAACUUUUUGCGGGCAACCACUUUGCGGGCCAAAUUUGGGGGGUCACAUUUGCGGGCAGCACCGGCAUUUGCGGGCAGCCUGGGACACUUGCGGGCAACCGACACUUGAGGGUUACAGGGUGGAGGUGGAAAUAUUACUGCGAUAUUUUGGAAAUUUUCCGACAUUUGCGGGCAGCCGACAUUUGCGGGCAACAGGAAAAAACAAUCACACAGACUGUAUAGGAACUUUUGGAACUGUUGCCCGCAAAUGUCGGCUGCCCGCAAAUGUCGGCAAAUUUCCAACAUAUCAAUUUUUCCACGUCCACCCUGUUACCCUCACAAUCAGGUGUCGGUUGCCCGCAAAUGUCGGCUGCCCGCAAAUCUUCCAGGCUGCCCGCAAAUGCCGGUGCUGGCCGCAAAUGUCGGCUGCCCGCUAAGUGGCUGCCCGCAAAAAAUUUGCCCGCAAAGUGGUUGCCCGCAAGUGUGCGCCCGCCUGCCGGCUGACGAGCCAACUCAUCUGUGAAUUUGCAGGAAUUGCCCCGUAUUCAACAAAGCUUCCGAGACAAGGUACUGCUUCACAGAAUGUUUUUUCGAUUUUUUGGGGCAUGAUUUCGUGAGGAUUGCGUGUGCCCCGUAUAUACCGCAUAUCCCGUUCAAUUUGAACGGAACGAAGCUUCACCCGUACACACCCAACAACACGCGCCAGUUCAACUGCAAGAGCAAGGUGAGCGUGUUUGGAGAUAAGAUUGUCUUCAAAAACAAGGGAGAGAACGUCUGCAAAGAAAUAAAUUGGGCUGUGGAUCACGUUUGGAAAGCGUCGGAAUGCGCAAAGGACGAUAAAUACAAGUUGAAUUCAAAGAACGUCCUACUUUUUCCAUUAGUAAGUCAAAAAGAUCGCGUCCCGUCUUUUCGGGUCAGGGAGAGAUCGGGUCAACGACAUUCCGGGUUAACGAUACCGUUUAGUGUUUCCGCUUCGGGACUAGGAAAACAGAAUUUUUUGAAGAAGAUUCAGAUCGAUCCUCCACAAAUAAUCUUGUUUUUGUUUUCUUCUCCCGAAGCGAACACGUUUUAAAAUUUUGUUCAAUUUUCACAAAAAUUCUUUUUUCCAGUCCCGAAACGAAAAAAUUAAACGAUACACAGCAUUCCGAGGUUUUUUGCCGCCACCGAUCGGUGCCGAUUUUCGCUCAAAAUGACAACAGGGCUGCGCGCCUCGGCUGAUAACUAGCUAGCCCAAAAAUGAAAAAGAGUAAAAAUUGAUUCCCAGAUAGAGUGAAAAAAGACCUAUCCAAUGAUAUAAAUAGGUCCUAUUGACUUUCUCCCCACAACGAUCUUUUUCGCCUACAAAAUUACAAAUUUUUUUUGUUUAUUCAUGGAUAAAUGCACUUUAUGAGGGCAUAAUUUAAAAAAAAUGGUACCACUCGAUAGCAAAUAGCCUCUUCUAUGACAUAUCCAAAAAUAAGGGAAAUUCUGGCCCUUAGGGCACUAAAAAAUCCAAAAAAUAGCGUAUUUUACGUGUUUUUGCAUAUUUUUCGGGAUUUUUUGCACCGAAUGCACAAAAAUGAAAAAUCGGCUGUUAUAGCGUUGUAGUGCACACUCGAUUACAUAUACCUGCCAAAUUUCACAUUUUCAUCUUUACUCCACUUUGUGUUCUGAGCCGGUUUAGGUGUUAAGGCAACAUCGCUGCGUAGGGCAAUGCCGGAUGCCGAUUUUAAAAAAAUUUUCUGUCUUUUCAGUCGUAUUGACUUUGAACGUCAUGUAUAUAACGUAAAUUUAAGUAAAAUCGCAUAUGUGCAACGUGUUACGGGACGUCGCUGCAUCCGGGUUCCAUACCUGUUUCUAGCCAAAUAAACGUCGGAGCAUAUUCUGGCAGGUCCGUUGUCACCUAAAUACUAGUCCCGAAACAAAAAUUCCCUUAUUUUCGUCAUGUUGAAAUCAAACACGUUGGUGUCAUUACGUGAAUUUAUGAAAGGGCAUUGUGUCAUCUGGAGCAAAAAUCAGUAUCUAAUAUUGAUAUGAGCGUAAUAUGUCUCAAAAAUGAAAAACAAAUUUUAAAAUCGGCAUCCGGCAUUACCCUAUGCAGCGAUGUUGCCUUAACACCUAAACCGGCUCAGAACACAAAGUGGAGUAAAGAUGAAAAUGUGAAAUUUGGCAGGUAUAUGUAAUCGAGUGUGCACUACAACGCUAUAACAGCCGAUUUUUCAUUUUUGUGCAUUCGGUGCAAAAAAUCCCGAAAAAUAUGCAAAAACACGUAAAAUACGCUAUUUUUUGGAUUUUUUAGUGCCCUAAGGGCCAGAAUUUCCCUUAUUUUUGGAUAUGUCAUAGAAGAGGCUAUUUGCUAUCGAGUGGUACCAUUUUUUUUAAAUUAUGCCCUCAUAAAGUGCAUUUAUCCAUGAAUAAACAAAAAAAAUUUGUAAUUUUGUAGGCGAAAAAGAUCGUUGUGGGGAGAAAGUCAAUAGGACCUAUUUAUAUCAUUGGAUAGGUCUUUUUUCACUCUAUCUGGAAAUCAAUUUUUACUCUUUUUCAUUUUUGGGCUAGCUAGUUAUCAGCCGAGGCGCGCAGCCCUGUUGUCAUUUUGAGCGAAAAUCGGCACCGAUCGGUGGCGGCAAAAAACCUCGGAAUGCUGUGCGAUAUCGUAUCGUCAACGCGAAAUGUCGUUGACCCGACCUGUCCCUGACCCGAGACGCCGUAGCGCCAAAAAAUUGUUUUUGUUUUAUAUUUGUAAUCUAAUUCUUGUUUUCAGGACUACAUCCUUAUUAAAUUUUCGGUGGAAGGAUGUAAUCCACCUGGUCCUGAGGUAGCCGAUUAUUUGAACAACACCUACGUCAAGUACCUGUACAAUCCGAACGAAAGAUCGUGGGUCCUCGCUUUCUGUGAAUUAUAUUUUUUUAGAGAUUCUGAGGAUGUGACGAUUGCGCAAGAUGAAUCCCCGAAUUGGGCGCUGAUAGGAGGAGGCAUUGGCGGGGCGCUGGUGUUCCUCUUACUGCUGAUAGGGCUGGCCAUUUUUCUCAUUCGGCGAUACAAAUAG